AUGGGAAGCAGGAGUACCAAAUCACAAAAACAAGAAAAUGAAACCAAAAGCAAAGAUGAAGAAGAAAAACAAAACUAUCUAGUCGAAUUGGCGGAAAGUAUUAAAAAUGAUAAAGUUAAUGACCUUUCCGAAACGUUAAAAGCUCUGCAGGACACUAAUAUUCAGCAAUGGUUGAAAAAUGCAGUUCCAAAUUCUGGUGGGGAUUCUCUUCUUCAUAUUGCCGUUAAAUAUCAUGAUACUUUACAUUUUGUCGAACUCCUGGGAAAAUAUUGUCCAGGUCUCCUAGUAAAACCAAAAGAAAAUCCUGAAUUUUACGGACAAAUACCUCUCCACAUUGCAAUAGCAAAAGGAAACUUAAGUGUAAUUGAGUUGAUGCUAAAACAAGCACAGAAAAACACAAAUAAGAAGAAUUCCUUCCUACAAGGUUUACUACAUAAACAAGCUUCUGGCUCCAGAUUUGUUAACACUAUAAUGAUGGGACAACUUCCGCUCACUGUUGCAGCACUUAAGGGUGAUCCUGAAGUAAUAGAUUUACUUAUAGAAUAUGGUGCCAAUAUCGUCCAACAAAAUAGUUUAUGUGAUACAGUUUUCCAUUCAAUUGUGAAAUAUGCUGCUAUAUAUCCAGAUAAGAUUAAUUACCUGAAAGAGAUGUUAUUAAAUUUAAACGACAGAAUUGAAAAUAUGGGGGAAGAUAAUCAACAUGAAGAGAAUGGCAAUAGCAAAUAUUACAGAUAUAAGAUGUCCUACGUUUGGUUUCUGAGGAACAAUGAUAAUAUGACACCUCUACAGCUGGCUGCAAAAUACGGUGUAACAGAACUCUUCCAGCUUAUUCUGAACCUUGAAAAUGUUUAUUGUUUCACCAAUUCAAAUGAUGGUCUCUUUGAAAUCAAGGAAUAUGACAUCUCGGAAAUUGAUACUGUAUGUAAUAUUCGAAUGACUUUUGAGUCCAAACGAAGUCUGAAUAUUAAAGGAAAUACUAGCACUUAUGGCGUAAAUAAAACUGCUCCAACAACCUCCGAUGCAGAAAUUGAGACGUGCCUUUCGCGGAAUUGUCCAAAGCAAGAAACUGAAUCUGUUUUGGAAAUGUUAUUUCAUUACAAUUACGAUGGUAGAGAUGCCUACAAUAUGAUUGAACUUCCCCCCGUUAAGCGUAUAGUCAUAAAGAAAUGGAAGAACUAUUUCUGGUCAUUUAUGACUAUGAUGAUGUUUCAUUUUGUUUUUAUGAUCGUUCUUACAAUUUACACGGUUGAAUCGUCUACAAUAUCCCAAGAUUCAACAGCAAACUUUACAGAUAUGAACUAUACCUCAAAUCAAUUUAUUCUUGUCUUUCGAUGGAUGUCUUUGAUAAUAGGAGUUCUAUAUACUUUCAUUGCAGUCUGUGUAAUCAUUACAAAAUUAAGGAGAAAUAACGCAUUGUACUAUGCACUCCACAAUCUAGAGUACAUUUUGCCCUUACUUUUCUGUGGAAUUUCUUUAGUUAUUGACAGCAUAAUGGAUUCAGUGUCAGAACAGCAAAAUGAAAAUAUUCCUUUGAUAAUUGCUCUUGUAUUUGGUUGGUGGGUUAACGUAUUUUUCCUGUCACCUUUUAAGUAUUUUAGUUUUUUCACAGAAAUGAUUAAAAGAGUUUUGAUAGGAGAUUUCAUACGGUUCGGUUUAAUAAUUUUGUUUGAACUUUUCGCAUUUACCGCUGGGAUGUACAGCGUCUUUCAAGGCGUAGAAGUAGAGGGAGAAAUCUUUAGAUCGUUUGAAAGAACCUUAUUGACACUUUUCAAACUAGGAAUAGGCAUAGAAGACAUAGAUGUUUUAUACGAAGCUCGAAUUCCAUGGCUUGCCAUUUCCAUUUACGCACUCUUUAUAUCAUUUACGUACCUACUGAUGUUAAAUGCUUUGAUUGCAAUGAUGUCUGAAACUUGUUCUAAUAUUCUUAAAGAACAAUAUCCUCAAUGGCGAAUUCAGCAAUUAUCAGUUGUUCUUUUCUUAGAAGAUAUUCUCUGUCUUUGUUGGUUUGAAACGAUUUUGUCAGAAAUUGGAAAUAAAAAAGACAUGGAGCUUUUUCUUCCAAAUAACCAUUAUGGAAAACAUGCAAGAUAUUUCAUGGAAAUCCAUUCUCUUCAAUCGGAGUACGCAACUGCUGAAGAUAAAGAACAAAUAAUGAAGAAAAAUCUAAACCUAUUACAGGCAAUUUGCACAUCUCCUGAGACUGACGAAUUAACAAAUAUGGACGAAAGCAUUGAUAAUAUGGAAGAAAAUAAUAAAAAAUCUAGAGAUUUUCGAAGAAAUCUUACACAACGGAGAAAAUCUUCUAAGAGAUAUUUCCCCUUGUCUACUGUUCCUUCUAAGUCGAGGAGAAAAGAAGCGUCUUCAAUCGAGAAUCAACAUAGAAGUCCGACUAAUGUUGUUUCAACAGAUAACGACAUUCAGCCAGCGCCUGAUAACAGUGAUUCAUUACUAUGA